ACUAACUCUCACUGGUAAAGGGUCAAUAUUUUUAAGUGUGACAAAAACACAGUUGAUCAAGAAAGAAGAGAAUGGCUUUUGUUAGGAGCUGCAGAAGGCUUGUGUGGCUCACUAAAAAGGAUAACACAUUUUCUUUCUUGAUAAAGCAGUCUGUGCGAUAUUCCUCCAAUGUCUACCUUGAGGGACCAUUCUUCACUAGACUCUCCUCCCAGCUCUCCCACACUGCUAAGAUAAGAGAUGGUCUGGGAUUGGGUCCUGACUCCCUGUCAGCUCUGAACGCAGCUCGCAAUGAUCUUGUCCAUUGGAUGGGUCUUAAUAACGAGGAAGGUGUGGCUCCUGAGACUAUCGCCAAUAAUAUGAUUGACUACUACCAUUGCCUGGGCAACAUGGAGAGCAAGAAGCUGUUCCUAUCAGUUAUAGCUGGUGACCUGGGAGUUGACCAUGAGAGAAUCACUACGAAAGCUCAAAAGUUUGUGGAUCUGCAUGCUAAUCAAAGAAGUGACAGCACUCUCUUAAUGUCUGGGUCUAGUCUGAGACAAACCCUCACUCCGUUCUACGGUGAGCUCUUCUCUCACAUUGCCAGAGUGGAAGGUGGAAUCAAGUUCCUAGUGGACCUCAGAGGAGACCUGCUUGAGAUCCUGAAGAGUAAACAGAGUGCAGCUCCUGGCAGCUCAACGUUCCUCCUUUCAGAGCUAGACACACGAUUGAGGGAGACCCUGAGCGAGUGGUUCACUCCUCAGCUAAUGGAGCUCCAACACAUCACCUGGGAAUCUCCCUGUGACAUUCUGGAGAAGAUCAGUGACUACGAGGCUGUGCACAGACUGAGGCAUUGGAAGGACCUCAAGCACAGGGUCGGCUCUAACAGACGUUGCUUCAUCUUCACACACAAGGCUAUCCCUCGAGAGCCCAUCGUUGUGCUGCACGUUGCUCUCACCUCAGAACCAUCCAGCAGUAUUCAGGAACUUUUGGACAGGACAUCGCAGAAAGACACGGAUAUUAGUAAUGCCAUUUUCUAUUCAAUAUCAGCUACUCAGAAAGGUUUGUCUGGAGUGGAGCUGGGCAACUUCCUUAUAAGGAGAGCAGUGGACCACCUCCAGAGAGAGUUCCCCCAUCAGCUCACAAACUUUGUCACCCUCUCACCCAUCCCUGGAUUCAGAAAGUGGGUGGAGUCUCACCUCAGGGAUAAUGGAGUGGGAGAGGAGGUGAGAGGUGGGGACAGCAUUCUCCCCGAGGUUGCUAGCCCUACUGAGGCACUGAGGAUAGCCAUGGCCACCACUGGAUGGGCCUCACAGGGCAACGGACCAGUUGCCCAGGCUAUCAAGCAACCUCUUCUCUCGUUGUGUUCAAGGUAUCUUGCUCUCGAGAAGCGUAGAGGAAAUGCAUUGGACCCUGUGGCUCACUUUCACUUACAAAAUGGAGCGUCUAUCUGGAGGAUAAACUGGUUGGGGGACACUAGCCUCAGGGGACUGGAGAGAUCACUCGGACUAAUGGUGAACUAUCGCUACCACUUGCCCGACAUCAACAGCAACAGUGACUCUUAUAGAAUACAUGGUAGAGUGAAUAGCUCAGAACUAGUGGAUGAGCAUUUGUAG